AGUACCUCAAAAUUGUACACAUGCCCAUCAUAGACUGUAUGGUACCCACAUAGUCAAAGAGUGAUUUGUGGCAUCAUUUGUAUCAGUCACGCCUGCUGUGGCUGCAUAUGGAAUAGCUAUAUGUAGUCUGUAGGGGAAGCUGUAGGUUGUUUAAGGGAGAGUAAGUGUGCAGGACGAGUGAUUGAGGACAUAUCCACCAUUCCUUAUGUAACAUAAUGCAAAGUACAGUGUCAUGUGUAACGAUUCCCAGAUUCAAACCUAGGCAUUAUGCAAUGUUAGAAUUCCAAGUAAAAAAUAUCCAAGUAACGUACUGUUGAAAAUGAUAGCACCACCACAAACGUGCAGAUAUUCUGUAUCAUCACAUUAUUUAGAUUGAAAUACUUCACUUGCAGACCACUCAGACAGGAGCUGAGCCCAGCAUUGUGAAAGCAAAAUCUACCUUUCGGGUGAGAACAGUAGAAAAAACAAACAAAACAUCAAAUCUCACUCUGCCCUUUUGUGACCGUGAUCUCGCGAGACGACGGUGGUUGCUUGUAUGUGGGUGCAUGAUAUUUAUCUGUGAGUCGGCGGUCAGUCGGGUGAGUGAAGCCAAGGGAACGUAGUUGAUACGAUGGGUCUCCUCUCCGUGAGCGUCGGGCCGUUUCGGAACCGAGUGCGGACGGUUCGGACGUGGAGCCGAGACUUAUCCACAAUUUCAGCUACUUUUCGCAACAGCGCUGCACUCGCGUCGAGAACGUCACUACUCCAGAGGAAAUGUGGAGGAUUUUAUCAGUGCAGUUUCUCACUUGCUCGGUUACUCAGCUCAAACAAACCACCAAGAGGUUUUGAAAAGUUUUUCCCAAAAAGUGAAGAAAGCGCUGGUGUCAACAAAUCAGCUGAAGAUGAAAAUAAAGAGCAAGAGUCUCUUGGAAGGGAAGGGAAGGACACAAAUGACGAUGAGGACGAAAGACGAAGAGAUGGCAAAAAGGAAGAAUCACAAUGGUGGACACGAUUUCAGGAGGAUUUUCCCUUGGAUGGAAAAGCAGUGCGUUAUAUUGCCAUUGGUGCUGCAGGCAUGGCCUCAGCUUUUGUGUACUUUUACUUCCGAAAGACGGGUGUCCAGAUCUCCUGGAAGGAUUUUGUGCAUCAUUUCUUGAGCAGAGGCUUGGUGGAUCACCUGGAGGUUGUCAACAAACAAUAUGUCAAAGUAAUUCCUGCCCAGGGAGUGAACACAUCAGAAGUGAACUAUUUGUGGUUCAACAUUGGCAGCAUCGACUCAUUUGAGCGUAACCUGGAGAUGGCUCAGCUGGAAGUGGGUCUUGACUCUUCACACAAAGUACCUGUAUACUACACUACUGAAAGUGAUGGGACACUUCUUCAUAGUGUUCUCCCAACCUUACUACUGGUUGGCUUUUUGCUUUUUACCAUGCGGCAUGGACCAAUGGCAGGCGGACGUGGAGGCAGGGGGCAAGGAAACCCCUUUAGCAUGAGUGAAUCCAAAGCCAAGGUGAUUAAAGACAUCAGCAGCGUGCGUUUUAAGGAUGUUGCAGGCUGUGAAGAAGCCAAACAGGAGAUCUUGGAGUUGGUCAACUUCCUGAAAAACCCACGUCAGUACCAGGACCUCGGAGCCAAGAUCCCAAAGGGUGCAGUGUUAUCAGGGCCACCUGGAACUGGGAAGACCUUGCUAGCUAAGGCCACUGCAGGGGAGGCCAACGUCCCCUUCAUCACUGUCAGCGGCUCAGAGUUCCAGGAGAUGUUUGUUGGCGUGGGCCCAGCAAGGGUAAGGGAUAUGUUUGCCAAGGCUCGAAAAAAUGCCCCCUGCAUCCUUUUCAUUGAUGAGAUCGAUGCAGUGGGCAGAAGGAGAGGCAGGGGGAACACUGGCAACCAGAGCGAGCAGGAAAAUACUCUUAACCAGCUGCUUGUGGAAAUGGAUGGGUUCAACAGUAGCACCAAUGUGGUGGUUUUGGCUGGUACCAAUCGAGCUGAUAUCCUGGAUCCAGCUCUGAUGAGGCCUGGACGCUUUGAUAGACAUAUAUACAUAGGCCCACCAGACAUUAAAGGAAGGGUGUCUGUCUUUAAGGUGCAUUUAAAACCUCUGAAGUUGGACUCCAGUAUAGAAGUAGAUGCUUUGGCCAGAAAGCUAGCUGCACUAACCCCAGGUUUUACUGGGGCUGAUAUUGCUAAUGUGUGCAAUGAAGCUGCUCUGAUAGCUGCACGUUACCUCAACCAGCAUAUCAACACUAAGCACUUUGAACAGGCAGUUGAAAGAGUUAUUGGAGGUCUGGAGAAAAAGACUCAGGUACUGCAGCUGCCAGAGAAGACUACUGUGGCAUAUCAUGAGGCCGGACAUGCUGUGGUGGGCUGGUUCCUAGAGCAUGCAGACCCCCUACUAAAGGUGUCAAUUGUUCCAAGAGGGAAGGGUCUGGGUUAUGCCCAGUAUCUGCCUAAGGAACAGUACCUGUUCACCCAGGAGCAGCUGUUUGACAGAAUGUGCAUGAUGCUGGGUGGUCGGGUGGCAGAGCAGGUUUUCUUUCAUCGAAUCACCACAGGAGCACAUGACGACCUUAGGAAAGUCACGCAGUCUGCCUAUGCACAGGUUGUAGAGUUUGGAAUGAAUGAGGCGGUGGGUCAGGUUUCCUUUGACCUCCCUCAGCAGGGCACCAUAAUAACUGAGAAACCCUUCAGCGAACCUACAGCCCAGCUUAUAGACCAAGAGGUCAGAUCGCUCAUAGAUGCUGCCUUCCAGCGAACACUUCAGCUUGUCACUAAAAAGAAGGAAAUGGUGGACAAGGUGGCAAAACGUCUUCUAGAAAAGGAGAUUUUAGACAAGGCUGACAUGUUGGAGCUGCUAGGACCCCGUCCCUUUCAUGAGAAGUCAUCAUAUGAGGAGUUUGUUGAAGGGUUGGGGGAGUUUGAAGAGGACACGUCUCUUCCUGAGGGGCUGAAGAACUGGAACAAGAACAAAGGGGAUGAAAAACACCCACAGAAUCAGCAAAACAAAUCAGCCCUUUACUUGUAGGUGGACAUGCUGCCUCAAGGCAAAUACUCAUCUGGAUUCAGAUGAAUAUUUCUGAAGAGCAGCACAGUCUGGUCCAGACUGCAGCUUGUCAUGGCUCUGAAAACAAAAACUGACAGCUGCCAGAGGACAGAUGGUGAUGUGCUGCACAGGUCUUUGGUGACCAAGAUUAUGCAAUGUGCAAUUUUUUUAUUGUAGUUUUUAUGUCACAGCAGGAAUUCCAAAAAAGUGACUCAUCUUUAUUGUUAGGGCAAAUAAGAGUCAGUAAGCUAAAGCUCUUGGCACAGUGCAUUUUAUAGCUGUCAUUUAAAUGGAGGUGCCUUCUCUACCCAUCCUCCUACGCUCUAAUGCAGUCCUCUAGUGCAAUGACAAACAAACCACAGAACAAUUGGUAGUCAUGGUCAAUGUCCCCCCUAAUUUUUCAUGUGUCUGAGCAUACACACAAACUCCCUGAGAAUUCCUUGGUACACUGUGAGCAACAUCAGACGUGUACACUGUCGCACACUGUAAUUUAUAUGCAGUAUACUCUCUGAAUUACCUGAUCUCACGUGAAAGGUACUUUAUGUUACAUGUAUACUGGUCAACAGGCUGUGCUGGUAUCAUAUAUUCUGAGGCUCAUUCUCCUUACUCAGCUUAACUCAGUUUCAGUUUCCUUAGGUGCAUAUUCUUUAGUCUGUGGUAGAGAUUUCCUGAAACCAAUAAAUCUACUAAGGAUGCUUUCACUCUUAGCCAGCACUUCAUUAUGUUGGAGGCUAAAAAUGUAAUGUGUUUUGAGUGAUUGGGGAAACCAGGUUUCCCCUUUUGAUGACUGUUUGUAAACUGUCUUCACACUGUUGCAUAGUGAAGACAUUCUUACAUUCCUAGGACAUUGUCUCAACUUAAAUACAUUCAUACAUUUUCAUGUGUCAUAGUAAUAAGAGUCAGCAUUGAUGUAGACAUCAGUAACUUAAGGUUCAGAGUUAAACUCAGCACUGGAAACAACUGAGCUGAAUAAGAAUCAAAUAUAAGCUUAAAGAAAUGCAUACCAGACACUGCUGCAGUUUUUACUUUCAGACAGAUUUUUAACUCCUCAGUCACACUACCUCAGUCUCUGUCUUUGGACAAUUGAUGGCUCACAAUAGUCAUACUAUAGCCUGUUUUUUCCCUAUUUUUUUGUUUAUGAUAUGAAGUGAUGUUCAGGCUGAUGCCUUAUGUACUUCACUGUAGUACUGUUAGUGUGGAUGGAACAAAUGAGUAAGUGGUGAAAAUAAAGAGAGGCUUAAUUGGCUUUUCCGUGAAUGUGUUUGUGACCCUCUUCCAGCUAUUUUUAACAUAACAACAAAUCAUUCUUUCAGUCAAUCAUGGGUCACUUUGAAUGUUUUGCUAACUGAGGCAAACAAGCUAAGCUACAUAACUACUAAUGUAGUAUUCUCAUUUCAUGCAUUUGAGAACCACUCCUUCAGGGGCUGGUCACACACUGUUGACAAAAUGUUAACGGUGUCUUAAUCAUUAGUUGCAGGAGUUCCCCUUUCUCCUGUGCUGAGCAAACAAUUUUGAUAUAAAAAUACUUGAACUUGUGUUUUGCGGUAUGAGCAUAGUGGGCUCUUUUGAACCAGGUUUUCCAUUGGGUAUUUAAAACAGUAUGAUGCCGAAACAUUUUGUCAUGUAGAUUAAAAAAAAAAAGACAUUAAUAAAUGAUGAACAGGCUGGUUGUAUAUCAGUGUAUAUGACAGAUACUGUGUGUUUUGUGCCUACUCGACACUGUUUUUGCUUGAUGAAUAUUCCUUUUUACAUGUCAGCCAGGAUUAUUGGUUUCACAUUCAGAUGUGAAGACAAACGAAGACAUGAAAUGUGAGGCUGCUGUGGCUCGCACCAAUAUUAAACAGUUUUUAUACUCUA